UAAAUACGGAAGGAAGGCAACACUCUUGUAGUCAGGACGAUAUCCAUGAUAUUCUGUUUGGUUCUGAUGAAAGUGAAAAUGAACUAGAUGAAAUAGAACCGGAGUUGUUGUAUGACAGUGAUGAUGAUACAGAAUAUGUUGCUGACCUUACUGAACUUGAAAAAGAUUCAGAAUCCAGUGACUCUGAGGAAUAUGUUACAACAGUUACACGCAAACGCAAGCAGAAAAGGCCGCUAAGUAGACGGGCAAAGAGGUAUAGGCAUCCCCCUUCAACCUGCUCCUCUGCAUCCCACGCCACCCAUGCUGCUGACCCUACCACCUCUACUGCUGACCCCGCCACCUCUACUGCUGACCCUGCCACCUCUACUGCUGACCCUGCCACCUCUGCUGCUGACCCUGCCACCUCUGCUGCUGACCCUGCCACCUCUACUGCUGACCCUGCCACCUCUACUGCUGACCCUGCCACCUCUGCUGCUGACCCUGCCACCUCUACUGCUGACUCUGACGACCCUGACGACCCUGCUCCUAUAACCCCUGCUGCUUCUGUUGAUCCUGCUGCUGCUGUUGCUCCUGCUCCUGCUGCUGCUGCUGCUGCUCCUGCUGCUGCUGCUGCUCCUGCUACCCGCCGGAGACCAGGCCGCCGCCGCCAACGUCAAGAUGAUGAUGAGGACAUGCUUGUUACCUUCAACGAGGCAACAGUAAAAAGUAGGUCGGGCUAUGUGUGGCACACAAGACCUCAGGUCGCAGGAGCAAGUCGCACAGCAUUACGAAAUAUUGUGGGACCUUUUAGGCCCGGUCCCACACAAGCAGCUGCUCAGGCCACCACCCCAGAACAGUGUUUUCGAUUGUUUAUUACUAAUGAGAUUGUGAAUACAGUAGUGGAGUGGACCAACGUAAAAAUUGAUCAAGUAGCCAGGAAGUACAAGAACAAGACAGCUACUGUGCGGCCCACAACAGCAGCAGAGAUAUGUGCCCUUCUAGGUGUCCUUGUAUUUAGCGGGUACAUAAAAGAUAAUCACCUGAACACUAAGGAGUUGUGGUGCCCUGUGGCAGGGGCUCCUUUCUACAGGGCAGCAAUGUCUGAGGGACGUUUUUCCUUCCUGAUUUACUGCCUGCGGUUUGAUGACAUGGCCACACGGGAGGAGAGGCGGGUUGAUGACAACUUAGCCCCAAUCAGGAGUGUGUGGGACAUGUUCAUGGCUGCAUGUGAAAAACAUUAUACACCCCACGAGCACCUGACUGUUGAUGAGCAGUUGCUGGCUUUUAGGGGUAACUGCCCAUUUAGAAUGUAUAUCCCUAACAAACCAGCCAAAUACGGCAUAAAAAUCGUCAUGGCCAAUGAUGUGAAGAGUAAAUACCUGUUGAAAGGUAUUCCCUACCUGGGGAGACGCGGCGGUCAACCAAGAGAUGGGCUGCAACUCGGCCACAUCUUUACCAGAGACCUGACACGCCCCUACCACAACACGAACCGCAACGUCACCACAGAUAAUUGGUUCACGUCUGUGCCCCUCUCGCUGGAUAUGCUUCAUAACUGUGGGAUGACCUUGGUGGGGACACUGAGAGCUAAUAAAUCAGAAAUCCCUGAGGUCAUGAAGGAUAAGAACAGCCGCAGGAAUGGAACCUCAGCAUUCAUGUUCACCAAGGACAUGACACUUGUGUCACACAUCCCAUCCGCACAAAAAAGAAAUAAGAAGAAUGUCUUGCUGUUAUCCACAAUGCACACACAGCCAACAGUAAACAUUGAAAAUGGGAAGCCUGAAAUAAUCGACUUCUACAAUGGAACAAAAGGAGGCACGUUCGACCAGAUGUGUGCACAGUACAGUUGCAGCAGGAAAACUAAUAGGUGGCCAGUGUGCAUGUUCUAUGGCAUGAUCAAUGCAGCUGUAAUAAAUUCGUGGGUUAUUUUCAAGGCCAACAAUGACAGGGUAGGAGGCAAGAAAAUGAAACGAAGACAGUACAUGCACGAAAUGGCUUUGCAGCUCAUCAAACCGAAUGCUCAGCAAUGCCUCAACGCCCCGACGCAGCACAAAAAAGUCAAGGCCAUCAUCACACAAGUGUGCUCCAUCAACCCCUCUGGCAUGGUUGCAGGUGCAGGACCGUCGGCAGCAGAGAUGAGGGAGCCCAUGGUACGUUGCAAGAAGUGUGAGUCGAAGGCUGACAAGAAAACACGCUUCAGGUGUCACAGCUGCCGUCAACCUGUCUGCCAGAGCCACUACUACCCCUACUGCUGUGACUGCGUCUGAGCCUGAAAUAAGCUUCUAGGAAUAUUCUUUUUUUUUUGUUUUAUCAUAUUUCUGUGAUACAGACCCACUGGGAGCAUAGCCAUAAGUCCUUUGAAGGGUUUGCCUAAGUUUGGGGAAAAUUGGUGGUUUAUUUUUAGCCUCAAGGAAUAUACAUUGUUUUUUGUUUAAUCAUAUUUCUGUGUGAUAGAGACUCACUGGGAGCAUAGCCAUAAGUCCUUGGAAGGGUUUGGCGAAGUUUGGGAAAAAUUGGUGGUUUAUUUUUUUUUUGGUGAAUAUUUUCUCAAAAUAAGUGAAAAAUUAUACUGUUUUACUUUUUUUUUCCAUAUUUACCUUACAUACCUAAUUUAUAGUCAUUAAGAGUUACUUAUAGUUUCAUUAACAUUAACAUGCCUUAAAUUUAGUGUGUACAUGAUUGCUUUAUUAAAUUUGCAUAUUUACUCCUAGUCGGGUAUAAUAUACCCAUGUUUAGUGGUUCUGUUACAAGAAUUAAUGUUUAGUACUGCCGGGUUAAUCUAUUUUAUCUACUUUCGAACACACCUCACUACCACCUGUCAGCCUCGUCCAUGUAGCUAUCCAGUUUACUCUUAAGACAAGCUAUCGUCCCUGCACUAACUAUGUGAUUGCUGAGUCUAUUCCAUUCCCCCACCACCCUAUUACUAAACCAAUGCUUGCCUAUUUCCCUCCUAAAUCUAUACUUUUCUAAUUUAAAUCCACUACUGUGUGUUCUAUCCUGCUGGCUAAUUCUCAGUACUUGUAUUGCCUUUGUUGUAACCCUUGACCCAUUUGAAUACUUAUAUUAUAUUAUGUGUGUGAAGCAAAAGUGAUUAAUAUGGAGGAAACAAUUACAAGCCAUAAACCAACAACAAAAGUCUGUGACCAGGAAGUUAAUAGUGUGAGGGACAAGACAGAACCAGGGUUAAGUGACUCAUUCCUUAGAGAAGUGAGAGACAUGAGGGAUAGAGAAAACAACAUUGUCAUAUAUGGUGUACCUGAGUCUGUAUCUACAGUGAAUAGUGAAAAGAUUGACCAUGACCGGAGAUAUGUAAAAGAUAUGAUGCAGGCGUGUGGCGUGGAAGUGUUAGUAAACACGGUUCCCCGUGUGUUCAGAUUGGGAACAUCUAGUGCCAAACCUCAGCCUCUUCUUGUGAAACAAACAGACACUGAAGCUAAGAAAACUUUAUUCAAAACAUCAAAAACUUGCGUGCCAGCCCUUUGUAUAAAUCAGUGAGGGUUACCCAUGACCUUACUAAGAGAGAGAGAGAUCACGAGGCAGCCUUAUGGAAUGAGGCAAAAAACCUGUACACUGCAGGGAAAGGGAAACAUAUAGUGGUUGGGCCACCAUGGCACAGAAGGAUUGUGAAAGUAAGGGGAUACCAAAAUCCAGCGGAGACCGAGAACUCAGCCUCCUCAAACACGGCCUAAAUAUACUACCAAAGGACAAUAGUACACUAAGUUCAGUAGACAUUAAGGAUAUUCUCAUUAUGUUUAGUAACGUAGAUAUUUUUAGUUUAGAUAAGAGGCUUGAAUUAAAAUGCAGACUGGGGAAAAUGGAGAGAACACCUCAGGUAAUAGCCCUCCAAGAAGUUAAACCAAAACACUACAGGUAUGACAGAACUACUGCUGAAUACUCUCUGGAAGGAUAUGAUAUCAUUGAACAAAAUUUACACAAUGAAAUAGGGAGGGGCUUAAUUAUAUAUAUCAAGAGGGGCAUGAAAUAUAAUACAGUUGAAUUGAAGGUCAAUUAUAAUGAAUACUGUGGCAUUGAAAUGGUAUGCUGUGGUGCAAAAUUAUUGAUUAUGUCUGUCUAUAGAAGUCCAAACAGUGACAUGGACAAUAACAAUAGUUUGCUCCAGCUGAUGAAGGAAGUAAGUGAUAGCAGCGUGCAAUAUAAAGUAUUAAUAGGGGACUUUAAUCUUCCUCAAGUCAAAUGGAACAACUACACCACAGAAACUGGAGCAACAGAAUUUAGCACACUGUUUGUUGAAAAGGUACGUGAUUGUUUUUUCACCCAACAUGUUGAGGACGUAACACGGAUAAGAGGAGGCAACACAGGCAAUACACUUGAUUUGAUAUUCAGCAAUGAUGACUCAAUAGUAGAUGAUAUUGUGUUAGAUACACCGCUUGGAAAAAGUGACCAUGCUUGCAUUACUUUUGCUGUAGCCACACACGAACUAGAGGACAGAAGUAAGAGACAAGUGUACAUGUACGAGAAGGCAGACUAUCAACUUAUGAAAAAUCGUCUCAAUAUAGAUUGGGAAGAGUUUUUGUCACAGGAAAUAACCGUCGAUUACAAAUGGAAGAAAUUUAUUAACAAAUUGCAGGAGGUUGUGGAAGAGUGUGUACCUAAGAAACAUAUUGGAGAUAUAGAAAAGAUGAGGAAAAGAACAAACGAGUCAUUGCCAAUGAGUGACAAGCUGUGGUCAAAAAUAAAGAGAAAACAACGGUUAUGGGAAAUGCUAAAGAAAAAAAGACAGGAAAACAACACAACUAUGGCAGUGGAUAUUGAGAAGGAGUACAGAAGAAUAAACAAUCAGGUUAGACACCAAACAAGAAAUGCUGUGAAACUCAAAGAAAGAGAAAUAGCGAAGAAUAUUAAAGAGAACCCCAAAAUCUUCUGGAAAUAUGUGAUGUCCAAGACAAGAACCAAAUCACGGAUUGGAGACUUAUAUAAGGAUGAGGAGAAAAUUGAAAAAGCAACAAGUGAUAAAGAAAAGGCAGAUAUAUUAUCUGAACAGUUUGCUGGGGUUUUUAUUAAUGAACCUGAUGGAAACUUACCAGUAGCUGACAUCAAAGAGGCCCCAAGAUUUGAUAAUGUGGAAAUAACACAGGAUAAAAUAAGGAAGGUAAUAGAAAACCUUAAAAGAAACAAGUCACCUGGACCUGACGGGAUACACCCUAGGAUCAUAAAGGAAUUGAAGGAGACACUGCUGGAGCCUUUGAGGAUACUAUACAGCAGUUCAUUGCAGGAUGGUGUGGUACCAGAAGACUGGAGGGUAGCUCACAUCACAGCCAUUUUUAAAAAGGGGAAUAAAUGUGAUCCAGGCAACUAUAGGCCGGUCAGCCUUACUAGUAUAUUCUGCAAGAUGAUGGAGUCACUUUUGAGAGAGGAAAUUAUUGCACACAUGAAAAUGAACAAUCUCUUUAGUAAUAAGCAAUUUGGCUUCAUCUCGGGCAGAUCGACGGUGCUGCAACUUAUCAAAGUGCUUGACGCAUGGACUGAGGCUCUUGACGAGGGGCUGGCUGUGGAUGUGGUUUACCUGGAUUUCAUGAAGGCCUUUGACAGAGUCCCACAUAAGAGAUUAAUGAAGAAAGUCUCCAGCUAUAGAGUGGAAGGCAAGGUGCUCAGAUGGAUUCAUAGUUUUUUGACUGGUCGGAAGCAGAGGGUCCUGGUCAAUGGCGAGGCAUCAGCAUGGAAGGACGUGACAAGUGGAGUGCCACAGGGCUCGGUGCUGGGUUCUUUGCUAUUUGUAAUGUUUAUAAAUGACCUGCCGGAUUCAGUCAAACAUGACAGCCAAGUGUUCCUGUAUGCAGACAACACUAAGAUUUUUAGAAAGAUAAAGGAAAGGGAAGAUUGUGACAAGCUGCAAGAGGACCUAGAUGAGCUCAGAGGAUGGACAGAAAAUUGGCUCAUGAAUUUUCACCCAGACAAAAGUAAACACAUGAGGAUUGGGCAAUCAGAAAUUGAGGACAAAGUUUAUAAUAUGUACAGUAAAAUCAAUAAGACCAGGGUAGAAAAGGACAUAGGUGUGGUCAUUGAUAACAAGCUCAUGUUCUCAGACCACCUGGCCGAAAAAAUUAACAAGGCGAAUAAGAUUGUGGGGCUGAUAAGAAGAACUUUUAUUCACCUUGACCCUGCAGUAUUCAAGACACUCUACACUGCAUUGGUAAGACCCCAUUUAGAAUAUGCCAACCAGGUAUGGAGUCCACACCUGGUGAAGGAUGUUGAGGCUGUGGAGAACAUGCAGCGAAGAGCAACGAAGCUGGUGCCUUGCCUGAAAGACCUGCCAUAUGGAGAGAGACUGAGACAGCUUGAGUUGCCCACACUGGCAUAUAGAAGAUCCCGGGGAGACCAAAUUGAAACUUUUAAAAUUGUAACCAGGAAAUAUGAUAUAGAUUGUACAGAGGGACUUUUUGAUUUAAGGGAAGAUAGCACCACACGGGGAAACUCUAAGAAAAUCUUUAAACCAAGAGCUAGGCUGAAUGUUCGGAAGUUUUCAUUCCCCAACCGGGUGGUUAAUACCUGGAACAGUUUGCCAGAGUGGGUAGUGAACGCUGACUCAGUAGAGAGUUUUGAGGCAAAACUCGAUAAAUUUUGGAAAAAUCAAGAACAAAAAUUUUCAUAUGGAGCACAAAUAGUCACCACGCGCAGCCCACACAGUGUUCAGGCUGCUGAACUGGAGCCACAGGCCACUUAAGGCCUCUUCCAGGGAAUCUUCUCUGAAUUGGGCGACUAUGACCCUCGGAGACACUUGCCAGGUUAUGGAUUGGAGUUUCGCUUCGUCAAGACCCAGACCGUGGCCUUGGAAAAUAGAAUCGCUGACCUCCACAUGAAGCUGAUGUGGAGCGAGAGAACGCAACACCUCUGGCCCUCCCUGGUGGCGGUGGCGGGCAAGACCAAGACCAAGAGUUCCCUGAGCAAGCCUGGCCUGAGGAACAUUGCCUUGGUGUAUGGGGUGAUCUUCCUUAUGACCUGGGAUGCAGUGACCUGACACGGCGGACACUAUAGUGUGUGUUGAUGCUGGGACCAAGAAGAAGAAGAGGAUGAUGAUAAAGGCAACAGGAAGAUCAGAAGAGGAGGAGGAGGAGGAAUGGAAGAAGAAGAACAAUGGGAAGAGGAAGAGUGAAAGAAGACCAAGAGGAGGAGGAGGAAGAAGAAGAGAACACACACACAGGCACAUAUGACAAACACUUUUUAUAUUUUUCAUUUUUAUUAGUGCAUAUUACAUUAUAUACAUAUUAUACAACAUUUGAAUAACUAUAUAUGUUAGAUCAUAGAGAGAAAGAGACUUGGGUGUCACCUGAUGCGGGGCGUGGCGAGAGGAAGCAGGUCGACCGGUCGCUACGGGGUCACGGGCGAAACACACACACACACACACACACACACACACACACACACUCUCUCUCUCUCUCUCUCUCUCUCUCUCUCUCUCUCUCUCUCUCUCACUUCACAGAUCACAAGACCCCACAGAUGUACCCCCCACAGUAUGUUGACAACCCCCCAGACACAUACCCCCUCAGACACAUGAAGGACCCCCCCUAGCCAACAUAGUGCCCACAUAGCCUUAUCAAUGUUACUCUGUGUAUGUGUGUGUAUUUUCUAUUAAUUAAAAAGUUGAUUUGUAA